AUGAAACUGAUUUCUAUUUUAUUCCUAAUUUCUCUCCUGAUUUCUGUGGCUUUGGCACAACCUCAAAUUAGAAUGAAGGUGAUAUCAAAUGAGAAGAGUAGCUCCUUUUUAAAUAGCGAAUUCAAGAGAUUGAGGCCUCUCUGGAGGAGAAUUGUCAACAUGGCUCACGGCAACACUCGCACUACACAACCAUCCAGAAAUCUGUCAUUCGGUGCGUUUAGUUCCGAUGGAUCUUCGUCAUUCAGGUCUGGAGAUGCAGGUGGAUUCAGAGGAUAA